AUGGAGACUGUUGUUGAAAAUCAAGAUUCGAGACCCCUCCCUGAGGGAUGGGUGCAGAACUAUGAACCAUCGUACUACGUCCAGAUGAAUGUCAUGCCGCCUAAAGUCAGCUUCACCCACCCUGCCGAUCUCGCACCGGCAGGCAAGCAAAAGUCGGCGUCGCCUUCGUCAUCCUUGGAAUCAGACUCUCGCUCUAAGAGCUCUGCUGCCCCAUCCCCCCAUUCAUCCCCUGUCCCGCUCGCAAAUAUGUCUCCUCAGCCCACAGCGUCGUCUGUAAUUUGGGUGAAGGAUAAUUCUGCAUCGCCGCCUUUAUGUGCGCCGAUUCCUCAGCCAGUUCCAGGGUCGAGACAGUUGCCUGCACCUCCUCAUUCCUCAGAUGAAUCGCAUGUGACAUUGUCAGUCCUGUACCCGUCAGCGCAUGCAAACAAUGCACCGAAUGCACAACUAACUUUGGGGAAUAUGUCUUCUGGGAAUGGUGCUAAUGAUAAUGUUUCCAAACUCACUCCUCCCUCACUCUAUGAUGUUAAUUACCAGCUUCAUCAAGCGCAAGCUCUUCAGCCGUGGUCCUCCUUGCCAGACCAUCUUCAACACGUGCACCAACGUUCACAGACUUUCGCUCCGGGGCAAACGCGACAAGUUGGGCAUAAUCCAAAUAAUGUGGUCAGUAAUGAGGUUCCUGCCUGUGUUAAUGGGUUUCAACAAACACAGGCCUUGGUCACACACGCUCGACUGCCCAGUCAACCCCCUAGUUUUACGACAGUUGCCACAAAUCCUGUCGCGGCCACUGCUCAGUCCCAACCCGAUCGAUCUCGCCAUUAUACAACUAUAGCCACAAAUCCAGUAGCAUUUGAGGUCCAACCUCAGGGCAACCAGUCUACCAAUUUUACCAACAUGGCUACAAACCACGUAAACCAAAUGGGCGCUUCACCGGGUGCGGUGUCUGUUGGUAAUACAGGGGCGCCAUCUCUCCCUACCUUCCUUUUUUCGCAGACAGGAAGAGUCAUGGGUCCGCGGCCUCCCCCUCUGAAUAACACCUCUCCCACAUUCACUGGCUCAACGUUUGCGAACCCAACAUCCAAUCUGCAAAUCAAUUCGGCCAUGACUCGCCCAAAUAAUCAACUCGCAAACAGUAUGGGCAAAAUUGCCGCUAAAGUGGCGAUUGAGGCCGCUUCUGGUUUUGUAUCUCAAGCCACUGGUAUUCCGACGACAGUUAUGAGGUCUGUCGGAAAUUUCAUCACCGAUCGCAGAUUAAUUUUCAUGUGGAAAGGGAUGUUUGAGAAGAAGAAAAACCCCAUUCAGGCCAAAGUCUUACAAGCUGUUUUAGAAGGAGACCCCAAAGCAAAUUAUCAAGGAGUUAUUGAUGCUUUGAUAAAGCAACAACAGGAGCUCAACGCUGUACAGAUGAAGGCUAGCAUGGCGUAUAAGCCAAUUCCCAGUCACCUAUAG